GUUUUUGUUGUUUCGGACCACAAACCUCUGCUCUGCCGAAACUGCCCGACCGACCGUAAAAAGUGCAUUUAACCAAACCCAAUCAGCGACCAAUUGACGAGAUCCCCUUUGACCAUGGCCAAGAUACGAUCGCUGGUGCCGGAGCUGGCCGAGGUGGCUCGAUCGCAACUUGGCGAGGAGUCGUCCGAGGUGGCCGCGAAGAUCGAGGCCCUGCGUGCCUGGAUCGUCGAGCAGAACUACCUGGAGGCGCGGACGGACGACCAGUUCCUGGUGGCCUUCCUGCGCUUCUGCCACUGGGACGUGGAGGCGGCCAAGAAGCGGGUGCUCUUCUACUACACCUACAAGUCCAAGGAGCGCGAGUUGCUCAAGAGUCGACAGGUGGACGAUAAGCUGCUGGAACUGGCUCGCUCAGGAAUCUUCGCCACAUUGCCCAACCCCAUUGGCCCUGGAGGCCCCCGCAUCCACUACACACGAAUGGGCCACAUCGAGACUUCCAAGCACAGUGUCAGCGACAUUUUCCGCUUCCACGCCUUCCGCGCCGAGAUCGAGAUCAACACGGACGACAACUGGAACGUGGCCGGCGUGGUGGAGAUCAUCGACUUCACCAAGAUCCCCUACUCCCUGCUGCUGCAGUUCGACCCGGGGAUGUUUAAGCGGAUGAACGCCUUCCUAGAGCACGGAAUUCCAGCGAAUUUAGUUGCCACCCACAUCGUAAACGCCUCCAGGGAGACUCAGUUUGUCCUGGGACUGGUGCGAAAUGUCAUGAAGCAGAAGGAGCUGCUGCACAUCCACUCGAACCUCGAGUCCCUGCACAAGGCCAUCGGCAAGGAGUAUGUGCCCGUGGAGUUGGGUGGCGAGAAUGGCUUCCUGGCGGAUGCCAUGUCGCGGUACGAGACCCAGUUGACCAGCUUCUCCACGUACUUCAAGGAGGACGAGCGGUAUGGCGUAAAUGAGAAGUUGCGGGCGGCCAGCGAGAAGGAUCAGGACAGGGCUGCUCCGCUGGUGGCCGGCGUUCCCAACGACGGAACCUUCCGGAAGCUGAACUUCGAUUGAGGCGGUUGACGGGCAGUUAGUUGUAUAUUCGAUGCACAUCCUAUAAGUACGCCCCUCUACACACAAAGCCCAAUACACUCUGAAAUGUAUAGACACUACAGCGCUAUAGCGAUCUUUGGUCAUAGCAGAACCUGAUAUUUUAUAAACGGAAACCUGGAAGAGCAACAUCGAAACUAAAAGCAAAUUGAACAAUAUGAUAAACAAGUGCACACUAAGAAGAAAAUGGAACGCCAUUAAAUGGCUCAAAACCUCACAUUAUUGUCGAUUUUAAUUUAUUGUUGUCCUUAUCAACGCACAUACUUAACACAUUCUAACGUCCGGUCGCGUCGGGUUUAUGGUACCAUACCCGAGUGAUUCUUCCUAACAUGAUCCCAUAAUGCAUUUUCAUGAUGAAAUCCUUAACGUCUUUUAUACAUACUUGCGUGCUAAGUUGUUAUUUGCCUUUAUUUUAUCGCAUACAUACGGUACAUGGAAGUAUAUAUACAUAUAUUUUCGAUAUUUUUUUCCGUUGGUUAAGUGUCGUUUCUACUAAUUUUGAUACUAGUUUACAUAUAUACAUGCAUCUAUAUUUAUGGAUAAUACAUACAUAGUUAAAUGACUACAGUUAAAGUGACAAUGUAUUGUAGACCCCAUGUUGAGUGCGUUAAUAAAUUAAAGCGAAUUUGUUUAACUGUCGGUACAAGUAAAACUUA